AUCUCAAACAAAAAUAAAACAAAAAUAAAAUAAAAACAUUUUUAUUUUUUAGGAGAAUCGUUCGUUCUUGAACUCCGAUGGUAGCAUGUAUCGACAUGGCAUUCUGUCCCCUUCGUAUCUCUGCUUCUUCGAGCCUCCUCCGUCGUUGGCCAAUGCAAGAAUCUUCGGUUUCGGUUUCGGUUUGGGUUUGGGCUUCGAAUUUCAGAGGAAGGGAAGAAGACUUCGGAGACACCUCAAGUUCGUCAUCAGCGCCCAACUUUCCAAGUCAUUUUCUUUGAACUUCGGACUCGACUCUCGGAAUUUGAAUACCUUCCAAUCCUAUGAGCCAUCACAGUUGUCUUGGAUGGGUCCAGUUCCGGGUGAUAUUGCUGAAGUUGAGGCAUAUUGUAGGAUCUUUAGGAAUUCUGAAAGGCUUCAUUCUGCAUUAAUGGAUGCGUUAUGUAACCCAUUGACUGGUGAAUGUAAUGUGUCAUAUGAGGUUCCAUCAGAUGAGAAACCUCAACUAGAAGAUAAAAUAGUUUCGGUCCUCGGAUGCAUGGUUUCCCUUGUGAACAAAGGCAGGGAAGAUGUUCUUUCUGGAAGAUCCUCAAUUAUGAAUCCCUUUCCUGAUGCAGAGGUUAGCACAAUGGAGGAUAACCUCCCCCCACUUGCCGUUUUUAGGAGUGAGAUGAAAAGGUGUUCUGAGAGCCUGCAUGUUGCUCUUGAGAACUAUUUAAUACCUGAUGAUGAUCGAAGCUUAAAUGUAUGGAGGAAACUUCAGAGGCUGAAGAAUGUCUGCUAUGAUACUGGUUUUCCUCGUGGGGAGGGUUAUCCUUGUCAUACACUAUUUGCAAAUUGGAGUCCUGUAUAUUUAUCUACUUCUAAAGAGGACACAGAAUCCAAAGACUUGGAGGCAGCUUUUUGGACAGGUGGUCAGGUAACAGAAGAAGGCCUAAAGUGGUUACUGGAUAGAGGAUAUAAAACGAUUAUAGAUCUCAGAGCAGAGAGUGUAAAAGAUAACUUCUAUCAAGCAGCUGUGCAUGAUGCUAUUUCAUCUGGAAAAAUUGAUUUGGUAAAAAUCCCAGUUGAAGUUAGGACUGCACCUACAAUGGAACAGGUGGUGAGGUUUGCAUCUUAUGUUUCAGAUUGUAGCAAAAGGCCUAUCUAUGUUCAUAGCAAGGAAGGAGUUUGGAGAAAAUCUGCCAUGGUCUCCCGAUGGAGGCAAUACAUGACUCGUUCUACAUCACAGAUUGUUUCUAAUCCACCAGUUACUCCCUAUGACAUGUUAUCACCUUAUACCAAUGGAUCUGGGACACUGCACGACUCUUCAAUGACUGCAGAGAGAUCCUUCCUGGAAAAGGAUAUCAGUUCACUGCAAGAGGGUUUGAAUAAAACACAUAAUUCUGUUGAAACAUUUGACAGAAGCACCUCUCAAAAGAAGUAUAAUGAAAAAUCACAAGGUAAUGCGGCCUUAAAUGCAAUUACUCCUGAUAAUAGGAAAUUAUCAGAGGCCACUGCUGCUAAUGAGGAAGGAUCUUUUCCAAGUUUCUUAAGCAAAAUUAACCCUUUAAAAGCUCAAGUUCCUCCUAGUGAUAUUUUUUCCAAAACAGAGAUGUCCAGAUUUUUGGGAAGGAGGAAGAUCUCACCACCCUCUUAUUUCAAUUAUCAGAUUAAAAGGUUGGAAUGCUUACCACAAUCAAGGAACAUGCAUAUUGAAAGACUACAUGAGGGUAUGAUUGUCAGCAGUGGUGAUAAUCCUGUACCUAAAAUUGUGGGUCCAGAAAGUUCAAAUGGGUCAGCUCAUGUGGAUUAUCCAUAUGGAGAGCCCCAGAUUAAAGUUGGUGGCAGUUGGAAGUUAGUGAACGGGAGUACUUCUAGUCCUGUUAGCAGAACAGUAAAUGGAUUUAGUGAAGGAGAGAUGCAUUACACGGCUAAUGCCAUUGUCUCCAACAUCGUGAACAAAGACUUUGAUAAUGUCACAACUAACUCUCAAAGGGUUCAAGAUGAUGAGGUUAAGGCUGGGCCAGCCUUGGGUAAUGAAGACCUGGGAUCCAUCGAAGGAGAUAUGUGUGCAUCUUCAACAGGAGUUGUAAGGGUGCAAUCAAGAAAGAAAGCAGAGAUGUUCCUAGUUCGAACAGAUGGAUUUUCUUGUACCAGAGAAAAGGUGACUGAAUCUUCUUUGGCUUUUACUCACCCUAGCACCCAGCAACAGAUGCUUAUGUGGAAGUCGACGCCAAAGAAUGUGUUAUUGUUGAAAAAGCUGGGGGAAGAACUAAUGGAAGAAGCAAAAAUGGUUGCUUCUUUUCUGUAUCACCAAGAGAAAAUGAAUGUUCUUGUGGAACCUGAUGUUCAUGAUAUAUUUGCUAGAAUUCCAGGCUUUGGGUUUGUUCAGACCUUCUAUAGUCAUGAUACCAGUGAUCUACAUGAGAAAGUGGAUUUUGUGGCAUGCUUGGGUGGAGAUGGUGUUAUACUGCAUGCGUCAAAUUUAUUCAGAGAUGCCGUUCCCCCUAUUGUGUCAUUUAAUCUUGGCUCCCUUGGUUUUCUGACUUCUCAUAGUUUUGAAGAUUAUAAGCAUGACUUACGACAAGUCAUCCAUGGAAAUAAUACACGAGAUGGUGUAUACAUUACUCUCAGAAUGCGUCUCCGAUGUGAAAUUUUUCGUAAGGGUAAAGCUAUGCCAGGGAAAGUAUUUGAUAUCCUCAACGAGGUGGUUGUUGAUCGGGGUUCUAAUCCAUACCUUUCAAAGAUUGAAUGUUAUGAACAUGAUCGGCUCAUAACCAAAGUACAAGGUGAUGGAGUCAUUGUGGCCACCCCUACAGGAAGCACUGCCUAUUCUACAGCUGCUGGAGGUUCCAUGGUCCAUCCAAAUGUUCCCUGCGUGCUGUUUACCCCAAUCUGUCCACAUUCGCUCUCAUUUAGGCCAGUUAUACUUCCAGAUUCUGUUCAACUAGAAUUAAAGAUUCCAGAAGACGCAAGAAGUAAUGCCUGGGUUUCAUUUGAUGGGAAGAGAAGGCAGCAACUCUCAAGAGGAGAUUCUGUCCGAAUAUCUAUGAGUCAGCAUCCCCUUCCAACCGUUAACAAGUUUGACCAAACAGGUGAUUGGUUCCGUAGCUUGAUUCGCUGCCUAAAUUGGAACGAGAGGCUUGAUCAAAAGGCUCUCUAAUGCAUGUGAAAGUGAAAGAGUAGAUAUGCAUUAUCCUACCCUGAAGACAGGGCUUGUGUAAUUCCUGUACAGAUGGUAUACAUUGAGAUUACAGAACAUAGAUAUAGUACAUACUACCAGUUUAUUACAUUGGCUUCCAUUGUGAAGAUAGGGUUUGCCAAUAGUUUUUCAACAUGUUAUAAUAGCAAGAUGCUGUUUGUAUAUGUAGACAUUUUUAAAAAGCAGUAAAUUGCUGAUCUUAGAAGCAGCUCAUU